AGCUUUCUGCAGGCAAGUACUGUGCAGAUGGGACAACAAUCUUCUCGUCUACUGGAACUAAGCUCAACGAAGUUUACUUCGACAGGAUUGCACCACUCUGUCUGUACCAUGAUGACAAGAAAGGACAUCGUUGCUGCGCUGUGGCUCUUUAUGCUGGUUUGUCCCAUUGGAGCAAAUUUCUUGUGUAAACCGGAACAAAUAAUUUGGACCAACGCCGCUGGAAAGGCAGGAUAUCAAUGCUUGGACUGCCCCUCCUGUCCGGCUGGAUCAGAGCCUUCGGUACCAUGUGGAACCAAAAUUGAAAAUUGGACCGAUAUUCACUGUGUUCCAUGUCAUCUUGGCAAAACAUACUCUGACAAAUACGACAAGGCUCAUUGCAAGCCCUGCACGGUAUGCUCGACAGGGAAAGCAAUAUUGAAGAACUGCACCCUUCAGUCAAACAGCAAGUGUAGCAGGUGCAAAGAAGGAUAUUACUAUAAACCUUUGUCGUUUUCAUGUGACCCUUGUUCAGAGUGUUGUGGAGAUGAAAAAGACUUAGUUGAAAGCGAAUGCAGUAGUUACAAACACAAGUGCAAAGUUCGGUCCACACCGUGCAACAAACAAAUCAGGUCCACCAAAUCAACGCUCAGACUGACAAAACCCACGCCUCCUCCAAGCAUUGUGUCAACACAUCAACCAACAAGUUCAAUUGUCCUGAAAGAAACUAAGUCGUCAAUAAUGUCAACUCAGGUGGUUGAUAACGACGCGCCGACAGACAUAGGAAAGAUCGGAAUAAUUCUGCUUGCAGUUGCAGUCGUAGUUUCUUUGGGAAUUUUCGUCGCGAUCGUUAUUACGAAAUGCGGCAGACCAAGAAAUACACUGAAGCCUUCCGGGGAGCAGGAAUCGACGAGUAUUGAAAAAAUCUCUCCCAAAAUCAAUGCAGCUUCACAAUCCAAUGAAUCCAUAUCACCUUCUCUGCAUCCCGUUUUUAUUCAAUCAAGUGGAUCAAUGACACUUCUUCACAACUGGUGUGAGUCGUCCGAUGGAAGUGGGCUUCCAAUACCACAAUCUCAAGAUUCAGCAUCGUUACCGCCUUCACGGUCCGACGCGCCUGCACAUGUUGAAUACGCAGUUAGCCCAGAGGAUGUGACCCUCGAAAAGCUGGAAGAAAAUCACCAUGACGUGUUCGACUUGAUGUGUGAUGAGCUUGAAACCAUGCAAAGAGGCCGAUGGAACUUUGAAAGACUAGCUUUCCGGUACAACAUUCCAUCCACAAUCGUGAGAUCUUUGAAAAAUGCGUUCCAACGUAACGGUAGUCCCUCUCAUGAAUUAAUGGACCAUUUGAAGGCGAUACACCCCGAUUUACCUCUUUAUCAUGUUAUCAAUAACCUGGAGAAGAUUGGAAGGAAUGAUAUCGCACAGGGAUUGAGGCCGUACCUGAAAAAAACGAUGAAAUUUCAUUAGCUUAAAGACUUUCGCAAAGAUUGUUAACUCGUGCUCUGUGCAUGUGAGUAUACGAAAACAUUUUUAGACAGGAAUGAUUGAGAAUGAUUUUUUGAUGCAGCCCUUUUGAUAUGUAAAUUGGCAAAACUAAACACUGUAGGACACCAUAAGAAAUGACGUUCCAUAGCAGAAAAGCGUGACAGUUCAUCCGUUCUGUGUAUAUUUUUACUAAAAUGUUAUUUAGGUUGUUGUCGUUGUCGUUGUUGUUUUUAUGUUUGUAGAACACGGCCCAUGGUUUGAAAUGUAGAACCAAGAUGUAGGCAGGUUUCCUAGAAUUGUUCAGUGUCCAGGCAUUGUCAACAUAUAGUAAGGAAUUGAUAGCAGCUGUUUUCUUUUAGUUAGUUUUGGGGAAAGAAUUUAAAGAAGCAUUUGUCAAUACGUAUUUACCAUAGCUUUCCAUCAUUUAAUGUAGUUAAAUGCUUAGGAUUCUGCAAUCACCCCCUUCAGAUUACGGGUUUUUUUAAUAGUUUACGAGAGUAGCGUUGUAACGCUAGAAGCCUUAUCAGUAUACACUGGUAUAUGUAUUGUGAGAAACAAACAAGCAUAUAAACAAACAAAACUAAACACUGUAGGACACCAUGAGAAAUGACGUUCCAUAGCAGAAAAGCGUGACAGUUCA